CCCGACAUCCGGCUGCAUCUUACUCUUCUCUUCUCUUCAAUCACCCAUACUUCGUCUAACUCCUCUUUUUUCUGCAUACACCUCCCCCCCUCCAUCUUUAAAGUAAUACAAUCAAAUCAAAAUGGCCUCCGGACUCAUCCUCAACCCCCAAAACCUCCUCCGCGCCGCCCCCCUCAUCUCAUCCACCUGCACCCUCUGGUUCGCAUUCGACCAAGACCUCGUCCUGAACGUCUUCCUGCAUCCGGACCACCGUCCCCGCAGUAACGAGAUCUUACCAUCCUAUUUCCGCGUAUUCUUCCGCCGCGGCGUCGUCCGCGUCCUAGGCCUCCUGGCCCUCUCCAUGGCGGGAGGCGGAUACAACAUUUUAAAGGACCGUCGAUCAGGGGUAGUCGCGGGCCUCCGAUCAUCCUUGUCGUGGUAUGUAGCCGGCACAGCACUCGCCGCUAGUCAUUUGCUUUAUGUGCCUGUUAUUGCACCCAAGGUGCUGGCCAUCAUGGAGGAUGAGUCGAAGGGUUCCUCGACGGAGGAUUUGGAGGGUUGGUUGACCAUCCAUCGGGUGAGGACUUGGACGGUGGAUUUUGCAGCGUGGGCUUGUUUUGCGGUGGGGGUGGGGCUGGCGUAGGCGGUUUGGGG